GAUGCAAUCACGCCAGUCCGUGCGUCAAGGGGCGGCUCCCGGGACUGCGCCAGAGCCGGACCUGUCCGCUGCCUCCCGGGCCCAGCGGCUGCUGCGCGCACACCCGCGGCCGCUGACCCUCGUCCCUCUCCAGGAAAAUCACCGAGAGUCAGCGGCGAUCCCUGACACCUGUCAGCGCCCACUGCAGCCCUCCGACCCGUAACCCUUGACAACCGUCCCCGGCCGCCGGUAACCCCUGACAACCGCCCCCACCCCAUCGGCGGGCGCUCGCUCCAGGGCGCCAUGAAGUCGGCGCCGAGCUCCCGCGGGGGCAACUCGGGGGGUCGCGGGGGCGGCGGCUGGAGCAGCGGCUGGAGCGGGGGCCGAGGCGGAGGGGGGAAGGGAGGAGACGGCGGCGGCUCGGGGAGCAAGGGCGGCUUCGGGGCGCGCACGCGUGCCUUCGGCGGCGGCCGAGGUAAGGGUCGCGGGCGCAGCAGCGGCAGCAGCGACAGCAGGGACCGGGGCGGCAGCCAGCGGCGCAGCGGCGCGGUGACCAAGAGCAAGAGCCGCCGCAGGAAGGGCUCUAGCGCGGUGUGCGUGGAGCCGCACCGGCACGAGGGCGUGUUCAUCUACCGCGGCGGGGAGGACGCGCUGGUCACGCUGAACCUGGUGCCCGGCCUCUCGGUGUAUGGCGAGCGGCGCGUCACGGUCACCGAGAACGGCGUGAAGCAGGAGUACCGCACGUGGAACCCCUUCCGCUCCAAGCUGGCCGCCGCCAUCCUGGGAGGGGUCGACCAGAUCCACAUCAAGCCCAAGUCCAAAGUGCUGUACCUGGGCGCUGCCUCGGGCACCACCGUCUCCCACGUCUCCGACAUCAUCGGCCCGGAUGGCCUGGUCUACGCAGUGGAGUUUUCCCACCGCGCAGGCCGCGAUCUGGUCAACGUGGCCAAAAAGCGAACCAACAUCAUCCCGGUUCUGGAAGAUGCCCGGCAUCCGCUCAGGUACCGUAUGCUCAUCGGGAUGGUGGACGUGAUCUUCGCCGACGUGGCCCAGCCGGACCAGUCGCGCAUCGUGGCUCUGAACGCGCACACUUUCCUGCGCAACGGUGGCCACUUUCUCAUUUCCAUCAAGGCCAACUGCAUCGACUCCACGGCCUCCGCAGAGGCUGUGUUUGCAUCGGAGGUGAGGAAGUUGCAGCAGGAGAACUUGAAGCCGCAAGAGCAGCUGACCCUGGAGCCCUAUGAGAGGGACCACGCGGUGGUCGUCGGUGUCUACCGGCCCCUUCCCAAGAGCAAGUAGCAGCCAGAGCACGGUCUCCCUGAGCUCUCCCCAAGACUGUUGUGUCCAGGCUUCGUGUGUAUGUGCUGUUUUUCCCUCUGUGUGGGUGUUUUAUUGUUUUCUAUUAAAUCACAUAAAAGAAACAGUCA